AUGCAUACGGCCAACAGUGACAAUUCCUCGCCGCAACAGCCGGCUGAGUUAGGCGAGGGCAACGAGUCUGGGGAGUCCCUUAAAGCUAGAGUCAACGCAACGAAGAAUACAGAGAUCAAUUCGACCGAAUCCUCCAAGUUGGACCAGAGUGAGGCUUGGAUCAAGUAUUCCAUCGAAUGGCGAGACCUGAAGGAUGAGUUCAAGUCUCGACAUGAGGUAACCAAGGACGAUUUCGACAUGUCGAAUCCAAGACGCGGUAGCAGCCGUCCCGCUUUUGAACGUGUCGCUGUUUACCGGAUAAAAUCGUCGCCAAAUACAGUGUCGAGUUUGCACUCUGGAGAAAGAGGUCAAGACGAAGCUCGGCCAAUACCGGGCUGGUUACCGAGCUACUACAUUCGAAUCUAUUCAGUGGCAAUAAUAAACGCUCUACGGUCUGUUGUCCAGUACUACCCUGGGCAGGAUCUGAGCGGCGACUUUAUUCAGAUUGGGUGGCCGUACCCAGUUCUUGUGCACCACUACAGCCAAUUGUGGAGCUUUCGAGAAGCGGUUGCAAAGAAAGAGCCUCAUAGGCUAUGCGUCCGUGAAAGAGAUGUUGACAAGCACCUCGAACUUUUAUUCGGCUUCUUGGACACGGAAGUAAUGGAAGGCGUGAAGGCUGAACAGGAGCGCAACAGUAGAGGCUGUUUUACUUUCGAUUAUUUGUGGGUCGCAUUGGAACCUGGCAAGACAAUUUUCUAUAGCACUAGAGAAAGUGAAGAGGGGUUAUUUCAGCAUGGGGUUAUUCACUCCGCCUCAGGCGGCAUUUUUGGGCAAUCGCAGGGACAAUGGACCAUCAGAUUGUGGUCAAUGGAAUAUGACGGGUUGUACUUGGGUCGUGUGCUAAAAUUUUAUAUUUGGAAUAAGUUUGACGGAGAGAGCACAGACUUUAAGAAUAAGGUCAUUUUUAUAAAUGACGAAGAUCUCGCGGAUGCCAAUAAGGACGAAAGACUCAGGACAGCAGUCGAACAAGGCAAGAGCUACUGGAAUUUAGUUAGUAAGCGGUGCAGAUAUCAUCAAGGUACCACAGCUUACCAGGUCGAGGGUAUGGUAAUGGUCGAUCUGAACAGUUUUUAUUCUGAGACAAGGAGGAAGACUGCCAAGGGACCGCCCCGUAGCCCUUUUGAACCUCCGAUUCCCAAUUUGAUGGAUAAAAGCGAUCACAGGGACUUCGCAUCGGACUGUCCAUGUCAUAUAUGCAGUAAAAAUGAGAAUGAGAAAGUACAGAAGACAGCAAUUUUCGACCGAUAUGACUUCAUCACUCCGAAAGACCAACCGACACUAACCAAUCACCAAUAUUUCCUAUGUGCGAAGCAAAUUCAUGCAUUCGUCUUCAAGACCAGGACGUGGGAAAAAGUCCAUGUAAGAAACCUCUCGCCGCCCAGGUUCUAUAAAGACAUGAUCGAUAGUCUUGUCAUGGAUAAUGACCGAUUGAAGACUCUCAAGUCAUUGACAGGAAGCUUGUCAAGACUGAACCGUCAUGGACGGGUGCUAUUAGAAAAGCCGUGGGCAGCUGACUACGUCGACGGGAAAAGAAAUGGGUUGAUAUUCUUGCUGCAUGGCGGACCCGGUGUGGGGAAGACAUUCACCGCUGAGUGUAUUGCCAACUUUCUGGAAAGACCUCUUAUGGUUCUCACAACCACCGAUAUUGGCACCAAUCCAGAGGAUGUAGAGGAAAAUCUGACUCGAAACUUUAAAGCCGCGAGAAAUUGGAACGCAGUUCUUUUGAUUGACGAAGCAGACGUCUUUGUGGCGAAUCGCACAAUCGAAGACCUUCACCGAAGUAGCCUAUUCUACGAUGGUCUUCUUUUCCUUACAACCAACAGGGUGGGCACGUUCGACGAUGCGAUUAUGUCGCGAGUGCACAUCCAGAUGUUCUACCCUGACCUAAAAUCUGAGCAGCGCUACACUGUGUGGAACAACUUCAUCCAUAAGUUGGAAGCUGAGAGGCCUUCGAUGCAGGUGAAGUACGCUGUGAAGGAGUACCUGCGCUCCAGCGAGAUGAAAGACUUUGAAAUGAAUGGCAGGGAAAUCAGAAAUGCUUUCCAGACCGCCGUUGCACUGGCUGAACAUGGCGCGGAGGAAGGUGAAGGCGGCAAGACGCUCUUGACAGAAGAGCAUCUCAGGGAAGUGAUUGAGCUAAGCAGAUCUUUCAAAAAGUACUUCUCCGACCUACAUGGGUCCGAGGGCAAGCGUGCCUACAUUCGAGGAGAGCGGCUAGAUUCGUUGAUCAAGGCGCUUGAACAAGACUACUAG